UGGCGCGUGAAGCGGAGAGGAGCAACGGCACAUGACGUUUGACAGCCUCGCGCUGCAUGCCGGGAUACAACCUCGCUCUUGUUUACAAGAUGACAGAGAAAACUGCCACACGCUGACUCAAACACGCACCAUAUCUGCUCUUUCUGGCGCUGGCACACCCGAGCCGUGGACACGCGUGGAAAAAACGAGCAGCCUUCUUUAAGCGGAGCCACUGAACCCCGGGCACACGGAGCUGUCGCUCCGAAAAGAGACGUUUUUUUUCAGGUUCCUGUUUUUUCUUCUUUUUUUUUUUUUUUUUUUGCACCGUCACUGACCCACGCAGAGCUAUCCAUCAAAUCACAGCUGACUGUCCACCGGGCCUGAAGACAGGUGUCUGAAUCCAGCCGAAUGAACAGAGCGACUGCAAAGCGCUUAAUCGAACGCUACUUUCGACAGUUGACUGAAGGCUGUGGAAAUAGCAACUGCGCCAAUGAGUUCUGUGCCUCCAGCUCAAACUGUCAGCCUCUGGAGAAAAAUGCAGCAGCCGCUAAAGCCCUGGACCUGUUUAAGGUUAACGCCAAACUCUGUGACUAUUACCCCGCUGUGGAGUCCGGCUCGGAUGAAAACGCUCCGAUGGGGAGUGAGAUGAGCGCCGGAGAGUUCUCAGAUGUUCACUACCUCACAGAGAGCACCGUGUGCAGGAUCCUGAGCGUCUGCGAGGAAGAGGGGAAUUGUUCUGCUCUCGUUCGCGUCGUCGGCAGGAUAUUCUCCAACGCGGAUGCCCUCAUAAAGAGUUUCCGUAAGGAAGAAGCGGGCGCCCCCGAAAGCCUCGAUUCUCUUAAAUCAAAAGAAGAAGAGAAACAGAGCGACCAGUCCCCAGAGAAGAAGGGCUCCUCCUCCGCUUCCUCGCCAGACGAAACGCCAAAUGGGAUUCCCGACUCCUCCGAGCCCACGGUGGACAUCGACGCAGUACGGAGGGUCUACAGCAAACUUCUGUCCAUCGACCAGGUGGAGUCCGCUCUGGUGAACGCCCUCAUUUACCUCACUCCGAACGUGGAACUUGACCUGGAAUACCUUGACGUGUACGAGACGAACCCCGACUAUCUGAACAUCUUCGUCAUCGUGAUGGAGAACGGCAACCUCCACAGCCCAGAGUACCUGGAGGUGGCGCUGCCUCAGUUCUGCAAGGCGAUGAGCAAGCUGCCGCUGGCCGCUCUCGCCCGGCUCGCCAAGCUCUGGUCCACGUACGGCCUCCCGCACGUCCGGCGGAUGAUGGAGACCUUCCAGCAGCUCAUCACGUUCACCGUGGUCAGCAACGAGUACGGCGCCGAGAACCUGGUCAACGACGACGAGACGGUGGUGGCUGCGACCAACUGCCUGAAGGUGGUCUUCUACGCCAGCAUCCUCGGCGGGGAGGUGGACGUGGAGCACUACGAGGAGGAGGAGGACGACGAAGACCCCGAGUCGGACGAGCUGACGCUGCACGAGCUGCUGGGCGAAGAUCGGCUCUACAAGAAGGGCCCGCGGGUGGACCCCCUGGAGAAGGAGCUGGGCGUCCGUCCCGUGGACAGCAUAAAGCCCCUCAUCCCGUUCGAAGAUUUCGUCAACGAAUCUGUGAACGAGGUGAUCGAAAUGGACAAAGACUUCACCUUCUUCAAAGUCAACGCCGAAACCAAGUUCUCCUUCCAGAGCUGCCCCUUCAUCCUCAGCGUCAUCACCAAGAGCCAGGGGCUGUACUACGACAACAGGAUCCGGAUGUACAGCGAGAGACGCCUGACGGCUCUCUACAGCAUGGUGCAGGGCCAGCAGCCCAACCCCUACCUCAGGCUCAAAGUGCGCCGAGACCACAUCAUCGACGACGCCCUCGUCAGACUGGAGAUGAUCUCCAUGGAGAACCCGUCUGACCUGAAGAAGCAGCUGUACGUUGAGUUCGAGGGGGAGCAAGGCGUGGACGAGGGCGGAGUCUCAAAGGAGUUCUUUCAGCUGGUAUUGGAGGAAAUCUUUAAUCUGGACAUAGGGAUGUUCACCUAUGACAACGACACCAAGCUCUUCUGGUUUAAUUCAUCCUCCCUGGAGAACGAGGCGCAGUACACGCUCAUCGGAAUCGUUCUGGGCCUCGCAAUUUACAACAACUGCAUCCUGGAUGUUCAUUUCCCCAUGGUGGUCUACAGGAAGCUGCUGGGGAAGAAAGGGACCUUCCUGGACCUGUCAGACUCACAUCCAGCCCUCUAUCAGAGUCUGAAGGAAGUGCUGGAGUAUACUGGCAACCUGGAGGAGGACAUGAUGCUCACUUUCCAAAUAUCCCACACAGACCUUUUUGGAAACCCCAUAUUAUAUGACCUGAAGGAGAAGGCAGACCAGAUCCCUGUUACCAAGGAGAACAGACAGGAAUUUGUUCAUCUGUAUGCAGACUACAUCCUGAACAAAAGUGUGGAGAGCCAGUUCAAAGCUUUUAAGAAAGGCUUCCUGAUGGUCACAAACGAGUCCCCGCUGAAAUACUUGUUCAGACCGGAGGAAGUGGAGCUCCUGAUCUGUGGGAGCAGGAAACUUGACUUUGAGGCGCUUGAAAAGACAACAGAAUAUGACGGAGGAUACACCAAGGACAGUCAAAUUAUCAAAGAUUUCUGGGAUAUUAUCCACUCAUUUGGAGAGGACCAGAAGCGGCUUUUUCUUCAGUUCACCACGGGCACAGACAGAGCACCGGUUGGAGGUCUCGGCAAAUUAAAGAUGAUCAUCGCCAAGAAUGGCUCUGACUCGGACAGGCUACCGACCUCUCACACCUGCUUUAACGCCCUGCUGCUCCCUGAAUACUCCACCAAGGAAAGACUGAAAGAAAGACUCCUCAAGGCCAUCACCUACGCCAAAGGAUUUGGAAUGCUGUGAUGGAUUCACAGAGAGAGUUUUCUGUCUGUGUGGAAAAAGAAAAAGGGAAUACCACCAAAACACACAGGGAGACUUGAACAAUCUGCAAGAUGCUGUAGUAACUCUGUGCCUAAUCAAUCGCUCAAAGAUAACUCCACUGUUAGCCUUCCAUGCUGAGCCUUCACUUGCUUUUUUUAACUUUUAACUUUGUCACUCGUGUAGGCAAUAGAAAUCCCAAAGAAGUUAAAAUAGCACUUCAGCCUUCCCCCCCACACACACACAUUUUGGUCCUGAAAAGGCAAAAUCCAUAUUUAAUUUGUGAAACUGUGAAAGUGCGCUUACACAAAGUAGCACAUAAAGUAUAUUUAUGAAUUUAGUUUGACUUUGUCUCUGAAGUUUAUACGAUGUAGCAGUAUUUGGUCCUUACUGGCCGUGAUGGUGCUCCUUGGCUAUGAUUGUCAGUUCAGGAUACUGAGGUGAAGCCUUUUAUAUUACCUGCUAAUAAAUAUAGCCUCACUGAAAAAAAAAAAAACGUGUUUUCUGGUGAGAGCGAUGAUUAAAACCUUUGUGCUGUGCCUCCUGUAUCAGAUAUGAACCGAAUAUAGUUUGCUGUGAACCUGAUAUGACAGUGUCGUUUUCCGCGGUGUGCAGGGUUUUAAACUGUUUUAAAAAUGAAUUAGUGGCUGUUUUUAGUAUGUCAAAUCUGGGGGGGGGGGGGGGGAGGGGUUUCUCUUCUCUUGACUCGUUUCCUAAGAGGUACUGUUUUGCACGUCUAUGUGCAGAUGCCAAACUUGCAGGGCCUAUUUAAAGGGGGACAGGGACAAUAAAUGUUUGAUUUGGCCAAGUAGCUCAGGUAUGUAAAGAAUUUGCAGAAAUGUGAAAACCCUUCUGUAAACUCUCCAAUAUGCAAGCUAAAUAAAGGUGAAAAAUAUUA